AUGCACAGAAGUGUGCACCCUUUCUGUCACAAUCUUCGAUUUUGUCUUUUCCCUCCUCCCAACCCCACCCCGCUCAUCCCUCUUUCACCAGGCCGUCCGGACUCAAGCGGACACCUGUCCCUGGCUCCUAUAGAGUCCAGGACGUCGGCGAGACGCGAACGACUACUUUGUUCGCCCUCGUCGACGUUGCAUUUCAACUUCUGUCGCCACCCUCCCUACCUCCCCCCUCCCCACCUCGCGCUCGCCCAGGAAGGCCCCGCUACGGGAUACGUUCGACCUCCCCCGUAUCCUACAUCCCUGGGGCAGCGCGUCCGGUCGCCGCGCGCUGUCCCGACCGCUGCUACCGCCGCCGUCGCCGUCGUCGCCCUGCCCGACGCCGACCAUCACGUCGACAUCAAACGUCAACGCCCCGCCCAAAUGGCGGGUGGUUCUGGCUCCCCUGGAGUACAGGAGCACGACGCACUAUGCGUCUUGCAUUCCCGAGUCGUGUCCCUACUACCCAUACCGACUGCCUCCCACCGCCGUUCGCGUUCCCGACAGCUGCCGCCGCCACCGUCGCCGCCGUCGCCCUCCCCGACGCCGACCCUCGCGCCGACAUCCAAACCGAUCGCGCCGCCUCAAUAG